UACAAGAGGUCCUUUUAUGUAGUCCUAGUCUGCAGGCUUAUCCUUUGUCAUUGCCUUCUUUCCUUUUCCACAAAGGAACACCAGGUGCUGGGCACACAGAUAAACUUGGCCGACUGAAGGAACUUUGUGAGCAGUAUAACAUGUGGCUCCAUGUAGAAGGUGUGAAUUUGGCAACUUUGGCCUUGGGUUAUGUCUCCUCUUCUGUACUGGCUGCUACAAAAUGUGACAGCAUGACUCUUACUCUGGGUUCCUGGCUGGGCCUCCCGGCUGUACCCGCAGUGACACUCUACAGACAUGAGGAUCCAUCUUUGUCCUUAGCAGCUGGGCUGACAUCAAGUCAGCCUGUAGAGAAGCUCCGAGCCCUGCCACUGUGGCUCUCCUUGCAGUACCUGGGCCACGAUGGGAUUGUGGAGAGGAUAAAGCAUGCCUCGCAACUGAGUCAAAGGUUGCUGGAGAACUUGAAAAACCUGGAUUUCAUUAAAACUUCGGUUGAAGAUGAGCUGAGUUCACCAGUGGUGGUUUUCAAGUUUUUCCAAGAAUAUUCAAAUAGAGAUCAAACCUCACAUGCUGCACAGGCCUCAACUAUUCAGCACCCCAUAAUAAGCAACGAAAGACACGUUUAUGACACUUUCAAUCAGUGGCUAGGAGAGCAGCUGGCACAGCUGGUUCCAGCCAGCGGCGUGGAUGUGGUGGAACUGGAAGAUGAAGGCACAUGCGUGCGUUUUAGCCCACUAAUGACUUCUGCAGUUUUAGGAACUGAAAUACAAGAUAUUGAUCAGUUAGUAGACUGCUUAAAAAUGAAGAUACCAGUAUUGACAAGCACGCUGCAACUGAGAGAGGAAUUUGAGCAAGAAGUGAGAAGAACAGCAGGCCUGUUGUAUAUUGAAGAUCUCAGCUGGCCAGGAUUAGGUGUUGUAAGAUACAACUAUCACAGUGAUGGGAAGAAUGAUGACAAACAAGAAAAAGAACUAGAAAAAAUCAAUACAGAGCUUCUGAAGAAAUUAAGUGAACUGGAGUCGGAUCUCACUUUUUCUUUGGGUCCAGAAUUUGGAGGGCAGAAGAACUGCGUUUACAUUGGCAUGGUAACUGAGGAUCUGGACGUGUCUGAGUUAGUUGAAACUAUAGCAGCAACAGGCAGAGAAAUUGAAGAAAAUUCAAGACUGUUGGAAAAUAUGACUGAAGUUGUUAGAAAAGGGAUACAGGAAGCACAACUUCAGCUUCAGAAAGCAAAUGAAGAACGACUCCUGGAAGAGGGACUGCUACGACAGAUACCUGUAGUAGGCUCUGUGCUGAACUGGUUUUCUCCGUUCCAAGCCUCACCAAAGGGAAGAACAUUUAAUUUAACAGCAGGCUCUCUGGAAUCCACGGAAUCUAUGUACAUAUCAAAAGCCCAAGGGACAGGCACUACUCCACCACCAACUCCUGCUUCCAGCCUCGCAAAGCAAAGACUUCCUGGUCAGAAAGUCUUUAAAAGGUCUCUCAGAAGUUCUGAUGCACUCAGUGAGACCAGCUCCGUCAGCCACUGUGAUGACCUGGAGAAGACAGACCAGAGAGCCCCAGCUCUGUCCCCUGGCCCAGAACAAGGACCUUUGGAAACACAAAAACUGGAGGAGCAAAAGGAGGUGGCAAAGGCAGCAACAACAGACACUGAGGCUACUCAGAGUGACCAACCGCCACGUGACUGCACGGAGGCAGAGGAACAAGGAAGUCAAAGAUAA